UUUAUAGACGACGGGCGCGGGUGUUUAAUUCAUAUCGCGUUUCAAGACAACGCACACAAAAGUAAAUUGUUUAGGAGUCUGUGGGAUAAGGCAGAUACCUUUAGCAUAUAAUAGCCCUGUGAUAUAAUUCUGAUUUUAGGAAAUAACAACCAUCGUUUUAGCAACGAUAUCGUUAUUUCUCAAAGCAAAUAUUCUGUUUUCACUGCUAGAAUGUGAAACAUUGGACAAAACCAUUAUACCUUCGUAUGUUUAGUCUUGCACGAAUUACUUAGAAACAAAGCCAUGAUUUCCGCAAGAACAGCAUUCGAUUUCAGUAGACAUUAUAGCGCUUGUUCAGUUAGUUAAUGCAUUACGCUGAAGCAGCAUUUAAUAGACAUUGAUAGUUGGAUAUCUAAUGGAAUGGCAAAUGUUGAUCAGUUCAAAACACUUUUAAAGAAUGCCGAAGACCUCGGCAUUAGUUAUGAGCAGUUAAACAGACUUAAAACCGUCAGAGCGAUUCAGAACGAUGGAAAGAAAUGGCAUCAACGGAAUUCAAGAGUUCUGUACGCUGGCUUGGUAUUUUUAUUCAGUAUUGCCUUCCCGUCUUUGUGUCGCUUUGCUGAUAAAUUGGGGAUAGUAGAUGCUUUGAAACCAAGUACUUUAAAACACUACCAAUGCAUCCUACCCAGUGAAGCUGUUGCCCAAUACGUCCGUAAACCACUAGACUGUAACGUUUGCAAGGAUGUAACUGAAGUUUUGUAUGUAAAGAAUAUAACACAAGAAGAAUUCACUGAGAAAUACGCAUACACCAUGCAGCCUAUCGUCGUACAAGAUGGCCAGAAAGGCUGGACAGCAAGCAAAACGUUCAGCUAUGAAUAUUUUAAAAGCGUAUACCCCCCUGGAUCCGAGGCUCUAAUGCAAAUUGUAAUGGAUUGUCAAUUUUUCCGCUUCGCAACCGAUUUGGCUGGUCCUGCAGAUUUUUUCAAUAUGUCGCAAAGCAGAGUAGAAGGGAAAGAAGACCAGUGGUAUGUUGGAUGGAGCAACUGCGAAGGACAUACAGCAAACGAGCUCAGAAAGCAUUACAAAUUGCCAUACUUUUUGUCGCCUGAAUUGGACCACGGCAACAUGGAUUGGAUAUAUAUGGGGCUACCGGGGCCAGGAGCUCCAUCACACAUUGACUUUGUUCCUGGGGCAACCUGGCAAGCACAACUAAGCGGUGAGAAGGAAUGGACUUUUGAAGCACCGCCGGAGUGUUAUGGUAUAUGCACGUCUAAGAUGAAAGUGAGGGUUAAGGCUGGGGAAAUAAUUGUUCUGGAUGGGAGCAGGUGGUACCACGAGACCAAUAUUAUUGGAAAGGAUAUGAGUAUAGUGAUUGGAGCGGAAUUUUACUAGAUAAUACAUAUCGUGUUUUAAAGAAGUAUAUGUAUUCUAGAAACUAUAAUAUAGUUGGGUGGGGAAAGAUGUGACACUUUUCAUUUUAAUUUUCUCGUCUCAUUCGGUAGUAAAAGGAGAACACUCAAAGCGUUAUAAAACCGUAUCCUCACGACUUCUAUAAUAUAUAGACCUUUGUUAGCUGUUUAAAAC